UCUCGUUCCGACGUGCGCGUGAACGCAGAAAAAAAUCGUUUCUUUCUUGGUCUUGGGUUGGUGCUCAGAGGGGAGAGAGCGCUUAUGGAAUUUGUGGUCACAUAGUAUUUCCUCGGGUAACUCGAUGCGCUGGAAGGGGGAAGGCAGAAGAUCCCUCCUUGCCGACAACGCAUUGAGACUUCCAGAAAUCUCUCCUUCUGAAGACGUUAGAAAGAGGAAAAUGGCCUCUAAAGUUACAAUCGAUGGAGUAAGUUUUGUAUAGACAGAAUAUAUGGAACCGUUACGUGUAGCCGCCUAGUAAGCAGAGGUUGCACUGUCUACAUUAACAUAGAAAAUGAAAUGUAUGUCAUUUCAGCUGCAGAAACGGAGAAAGGAGGCAUUGGACGACUGCCACAAUAUUUCUUAUCAUCGGGGAGUUAUUUUUUUGUCGCCAGAAUGGAAUGGUUUUUCUUUGACACUGCAAAAAUGAAACAGACACUGCAUCUCUGUGUGUUAUGGCUGUUGCUGGUAUGGAGCACAGGGGCCUCUGACAGGAGACCCCUCAAAAGGACAAUCUUACGACGAACAUCCCUCCAGGGGGGGAUUUUUAACAGAACACAAAAUGUGCUGAACUCUGACAGUAUUGCUCCUUCCGCUGGUGGUAUAAAUGUAUCCACUAUGAUGAGCCAUCGUGACAGAAUGCAGAGAGAUGAGAAAGCUGAGCCUCCAAGGAGAAGGAUGAUGCCAAGCAGAAGAAUACCCCAACAACCAAAGAAACCCAUAAACCAGGUUGGCAGUGGCACAUCUCAAGACAACAGUAAACAAGUGACAGGGGAGGCGGUUCAGCCUCAGUCCACACCAGCCCGCACCGUCCCCGGCAGCGCAGGCUCCCUCAACGUCCUGGCCAGCUUCGCAGGGAAGAACCGGGUCCUGGUCAUCUCCGCCCCACAUGACUCAGACGGUUACUAUCGCCUGAUGAUGACCCUCCUCAAGUCGGACGUCUACUGCCAGAUGGCGGAGCGGCACAUGCAGAUGAUAGUGAUGUUCCACCAGGAGGGAGAGCGAGGCGGGAAGGUGCGGCGGGUCAACGCCAAGGGACAGGUGACGGAGGAGCCCCUGGACACGGUCCUCAUCCCCAGGCUGAUGAACUUCCUGAAGCUGGAGGAGGGGAAGUUUGGCAUGGUUCUCCUGAGGAAGACUCUCCAGGUGGAGGAGAGGUACCCGUACCCGGUCAGGCUGGAGGCUAUGUACGAGGUGAUGGACCAGACCCACAUGCGCAAGCUGGAGAAGGCCAGGCAGAGGGGCUUCGUGCAGAGGUGCAAGGCGGCCGGUGUUGAGGGCCAGGUGGUUGAGUCUCAGGGCCAGGGGGUAUUGACCACGGGGUCAGAGGUCACAGUGAACUCUACAGUGGAGAGGGUGCCAGUGAGGAAAGGGGUGCAGAGACCAGCUCAAGGACCAAAGGCUGUGACAGUUACCACAACCCGACCAACCACAAAACCAACUAUGACCACAAAGGCAACCACAAUUACAACAAAGCCAACCACAACCACCACAACAAAACCAACAAGAACAAAAAAAAAAAAAACUACAACCACAACAAAACCACCACCAACAACAAAAGCAACCACAACCAUAACUACAGCAAAGCCAACCACAACCACCACCAGAAAAACAACCACGACCACAACAAAACCAACAACUACUACAACGACCACAAAAGUAACCACUACAACAAAAUCAACCACGACCACCACCACUAUAAAACCAACCACCACAACAAAACCAACAACCACAACAAAAACAACCACGACCACCACCACUAUAAAACCAACCACCACAACAAAACCAAAAACUACAACUACACGACGAACCACAACCCCCACAAAACCCACAGUUCCGAAGCCCUUGGACCCCCAGACAACACUGCACUGGGACCUAGAGGUCCCCACCACAGACGAAUCCUUCUACAUCCUCUCAGAAACCCACAAAAAUGGCAUAGAUGACGUUACAGAGUCCCACAGAGACCAAUAUGAAGAAGACACAACCGAGGAUACCAAACAUGGCCAACAAGUUGUUACCUCUCCAACUCAGCUCACUAACGACAAACCAACUGAACGAGGGGAAGAGCUGAGCAGUGAACUUAAGGUUGACUCUGAUGCACAGGUGGAAACAGCUUCCCCCAAGAAGAGUAAGGUCAAGCGGCCUGUCAAUGCAGAGAGGAAGAAAAAGGCUGAUAAAUCAGGCAAAAAGAGUAAAGCAGACAAGAAAAGGUUGAAGGCUACUAAAGACAGUGAUGGAGGCUUCUAUCGUGGCAGGAGACCAGGGAAGAAGGCCGCUAUUAACCAGGAGAAAGAAGCAGACAACAAGAGGCCCCCCACAAAACAGCCAAACCUCUUAGUAUCCUUUUUUGGUCAUUUUGAGAAGAGACGACGUCUACUUGUGAUCAGUACUCCAGACGAGGAGAAUCCUAUGUACACGCAGCAGAGAGAUGAGUAUCUGGAGCAUGUGUGUGAAUUGGGUGUCAGAAAAAUCUCUCUUAUCACCAUCUUUGGCUCUCUGACCAAUGGCACCAUGAAGAUGGACCAUUACCAGGCUGAGAAGGAUCAGCCUCUGAAAGGCAUGAAAGAAGAGGACUUCACAAACCAGCCCCUCAUCAGAGCCUUGAGGAAUGAGUUGGGACUGAUAUUUGACGACUACUAUAUGGUGCUGACUGACUUUGAUAUGAAAGUGAAGCAAGAAUAUGAGGUGCCCAUCGCCAUGACAGCUGUUUUUGGCUACAUAGACACAUUCUCUUCUCGCAUCAAGGAGAUGGAACAGCAGAAGAGACAAGGAGUGGCGUGUAAGAAGGAAGACAAAUCCAAAUCUCUGGAGAACUUCCUCUCACGGUUCCGCUGGAGACGCAGGCUGUUUGUGAUCUCCUCCUCUGACGACGAGGAAUGGGCCUAUCAGCAGCAGCUCUACGCCCUGACUAGCCAGGCCUGCAAUCUGGGCCUGCGCCACUUGUCUGUGCUGAAGCUGAUUGGGAAGGACAUGGAGGAUAUGGGCGGGACCCUUGAGCUAUACCCAAUCAACGGGACUGCCACUGUGGAACGUGAGGACGUUUCUCCCUCUCUGGUGCAGGACAUCAGGAACUACUUCCAGAUCAGCCCAGAGUACUUCUCUAUGCUGCUGGUGGGGAAAGACGGCAACGUCAAGUCCUGGUACCCGUCUCCCAUGUGGUCCAUGUCCAUCAUAUAUGACCUGGUUGACUCCAUGCAGCUCCGCAGACAGGAGAUGGCUAUCCAGCAGUCCCUUGGCAUGCGCUGUCCUGAGGAUGAGUAUGGGGGCUACGGUCAUGACAGAGACCCGGAUGGUUACCACCGUGGAUAUGGUUACUAAAGGAUUGAGAAUAGGAUGUUCCCCUUAGGAUGUGUUCGAUUUUCUAUUGAGGCCUGGUUGUGGCCUUCUCCCAUGAACUAUAUGAAGCCAUUGUAUGAAUGGCAUUUCAUGAAAGCUUUUUUUUAGCAUUUUGAUAACUGUGACGUUGUUUUAUAAGAAUGGACUUUUCUAUAAUAGAUUAUGAAAAUGUAGCAUACUUUUUCUUCCAUAUAUUUUUGAAUGUGAUUUGUUUCACAGGGAGAAUGGAGAUUUCAGAUUAAAAACAUUUGGCAAUUGCCUUUUA